AGAGAAACAUUGAGACUUUGGUAGCUAAUACAUUUCGUGUUUAUUUACCAUAAUUCGUUAAGCAAAGUUCGAUUAAGUGCCUGUGAGUCUGACGUCAUCGUCACGUCAUCAGUGUCAGUGACAGUUUACCAUCACGACCAUAGAUCACAAUCGACAUCGGUUACCUCGAAAUUGGUCAUUGUAGUUAACUUUAUUUUGAUAUAACUUGAUUUGCAUUGCAUCGUUAUGGAUGAGAAAGAUGGCUAUACUUGGUGGGACAAGAAGAAUAGUCGGUCUAGGUCUGCAGCGACAGGGCGAGAAGAUGGAGACGAGGAGUUUGCGCGCGAAGUCUACAACGUGCUCAGCAAGUGCAGCCAGUGUCCGAGUCGUCUGGCCGUCUCCACGAUGCUGCCCAGCCACCAGGCGCACAUGUCCGACCCCGGGCUGACCUUGAGCAGACAGAAGCUUGCGGAGAGGGCGGCGGCGCGGGCUGCCGGCACGUCGAGGAGGAAGCCGUCGGAAGCUGGGAGGUUCGAACCGACGGGGUACGGGUCCAUGAUUCGCGCGACAAAGUCGCACGUCAUCGAUGUCGUUGACAAUGUUGCCGAUGACGACGAUGACGAUGACGAACUCGCCCACUGGAAGAAGAUGAUGACCGUCAGAGGCAUGGUGGCGCCACUGUCCAUCAAGAGACGAUUCAGGUCACGGCUCAUGCUGGCUUCGGUGCACAAGCUGAAGGGGUUCGCAGGAUGGAAGCAUCGACGAGGAAUGGGAUGGAAGCGUCUGAAAGCUUCCAUGAUGGAACACUUCGUAAAUCUCGCAGUUUGGAGAAGUCACUUUAAGACUAUAGAAGGCCAUUUCGGCACGGGCGUGCUAUCCUACUUCAUCUUUUUAAAUCGUCAUCGUCACAUCGUUAGCGCAGGUAAGGGCUUGCAGGUGAGACUCGUUAGUAGCGGCGAUCAGUUCUUCAUGUACUGCGCGAAGGUGCUCAACGGCUGGGACUACUCCAUCGGUGACGAGAGGGCGGCCGAUCUGUGUCACAGGAACCUCUACUUUGAACUGGCGGGUGAGCUGCGGCAGGAGAGGAGGGCGAUGCAACGCAAGGCGCAGACCUGCUGCAAGAAGUUCAAGAUGUACGCAGUCCGAGCGAUAGCGAACGUGUGCGUGUGCGUCGUGCUGGGAGCUGCUGGUUACGCCAUCUACAGGGCAUCGGACGAAUCGCUGAAGUUUUCGGGCGGCGACGACACGCACUCCCCCUACCUGGUGCUGCUGAUGCAGUUCCUGCCGUCGUUAACCAUCACCGCGGUGAGCGUUGUCGUGCCGACGAUAUUCGCCACCAUCGUCGUCGCCGAGGACUACUCACCGGAGUUUGAGAUCCGCAUCACUCUGAUCCGGUGA